GAGGCCCCAGAAGCGCAAGAACCAGCUGAAGGAGAAGUCAGCGUAGCCGGGCACACGGUCGCAGCCACAGUCAGUGAUGGAGAGCCUGCUGGAUAAUCCAAUGAAAGCCGUUCUGUACCUGAAGGAGCUCACCACCAUCGUCCAGAACCAGCAGAGCCUGAUCCAGACGCAGCGCCAGCGCAUCGACGAGCUCGAGCGCAAGGUGGAGGACCUGAUCGGCGAGAACCGACUGCUGCGCGACCCGCACCACUACGUCCAGCAGCCGGCUCCGCAUCAGCACCACCACCACCACCACCACCAACACCCGACCCACCGCAGCGCCAGUCCCCAGGCGCCGGCCCACCUCCAUCAUCCGCACCCGGGGAGCAACAAGGCUGCGGUGAACCAGGCGCAGCAUCAGCAGCAGCAGCAGCAGCAUCAGCACCAGCCACCGCCGCCGCCGCAGCAGCAGCAGCAGCAGAUCCCCGGUCUGUCGGCCCAGCCUCAGCAUCAGCACCAUCAGCAGCAGCACCCGUCACCCGCUGCUCCGUCCUCCCACCACCCGCAGCAGCUGCAGCUCGUCCCCACCUCGCCGCAGUCGCCCAAAACGAGCCAAGCCAGCCCGGACUCCGGCGAGGAGGACAAGAGGAGCCCCUGCUGCAAGUCCCUGGUUCCGCAGACUCCCACCACUCUGUGCCGCUCAGUUGGACUGGCCAGGAAAGCGGAAAACCAAACAGUGCUGCACCAGUUCUGCUGCCCAGCCCCCGAGGCCCCAGAGGGGGAGACAUCGACCGCCUGUGUCCCCAGCGAUGACCUUCCUCCAGGAUCGUCUAAGGGGGAGGAAGGGAAGGGAGGAGAGGGGGAGCUGCAGAGUGAGGCCCAUUCACAGCCAGAACCUGAACCAGAACUACAACCAGAACCACAACCACAGCAGCAAGAGACUCGGCCACAGACUCCACCGCCACAGCCGCAGUCAGAGCCAGAGCCACAGCCCGAAAUCAAACCUCAGCCUCAACCCGAACCAGUACCCCAGCCCGAACCGGAGCCCGAGCCUCAGCCUCAAGUCGAGACUCCAAGCGAGGAAGCCGUACAGGACGCACCUGAACCCCCUUCACCAUGCGGAGAAGUGCAGCCUGCGGGGGAGCAAGAGAACCAAAAGUCGGAAGACGUUGCCGAGGCGAAGAGAAAGCAAGAGGGAGAGGCAGAGGCCGAGCGGCGUGAGGGUGAAGCAGCUCAGGAGCAAGAGGUGGAGGAGGAGGAGGAGGAGGAGGAGGAAGGGGGAGGCGCUAAAGGAGGUGGGGCGGCCAGGAGGGCCAGCCUGCACCACACGGCCUCGCCCAUGAGGGUGCAGCGCAAUGGCGCCGGCUCGCACACGGCCACGUCCGACUAUGAGCUCUCGCUUGACCUCAAAAAUAAGCAGAUCGAAAUGUUAGAGCACAAAUACGGUGGACACCUCAUCUCCCGCCGUGCCGCCUGCAAGAUCCAGACUGCCUUCCGCCAGUACCAGCUCAGCAAGAACUUCGAGAAGAUCCGCAACUCACUGCUGGAAAGUCGCCUGCCUCGACGUAUCUCCCUGCGCAAGGUCCGUGUGCAAAACACGGAGGGUUUCUCUGCUGAACGGGCCCUGGCAGAAGGCUGUAACUUGGCAGGCAUCCCAUUGGUGCGCUCACCAUCUCUGCCUGCCACAGUCGGUGGCACCCUGACUGACCUGGAAGACUCCUUCACUGAACAGGUCCAGUCACUGGCAAAGUCCAUAGAUGAUGCACUCAGCAACUGGAGCCUGAAGACCAUGUGUUCACUGCAGGAAGGCGGCACCUAUCAGUUCAGUGCCGACUCUUUCAGUAGAGCAGCAGCAGCAGCAGCUGCAGGGGUGGGAGAAGGAGGGGGUGUGGGAGAGUCAGCGAUUCAUCAAGGCCCUGUGGACCCAAGUGACCUGUCAAGAAGUGCAAGCAAGUUGAUGAUGGCGUUUCGAGAUGUGACGGUGAAAAUCGACAGCCAGAACUUCAGCGUUUCAUCUUCAGUGAUGGAAUCGUCCACUUCUGUCACACUCGGCAGCUGCGUUCAACAAGAAGGAGCCUUCACAACUGUCACAGCCGCUUCCACAACAACAACACCAGUCUCCGGUGGCCCUCAGUCCCCUCAAGAACCCCCUCCUCCUCCUGCAGAGGUCCCAGCUGAACCUAUAGAUCCCCCACCGCCUCCCCAAGAACCCCCACCCCCCCCAGAAUCAGAGACAGAAGUAGGAGAGCAGGAUAUUGAAUUCCCUGCUCCUCCUCCAAGUGAGGAAGAGCUAGGGGAGGACGAGCAACUUCCCCUUACCCCUCUUGAAAAGAUGGCUGCCACGCACAGUGCAGAGAAUAUUGUGGUGGUGUCCCCACCACCCACAGAAUCCCCUCGAGCCCCCCCACCACAGAGCUCUCCUGUGGUGGAGCCUCUGGGGGUCAAGAGAUGUGGCUCUGAGAUGGCAGAUAACAGCUCGGAGCAGAUGAGCAGCAGCAGCACGUCCACAGAGGCACGCUCCACAUCAGAAGCCUCAUCCAAGGAGGCCCUGCAGGCUAUGAUCCUCAGCCUGCCACGCUACCACUGUGAGAACCCUGCCAGCUGUAAAUCACCCACGUUGUCCACUGACGUCAUGCGAAAACGCCUCUACCGCAUCGGCCUCAACCUCUUCAAUGUAAACCCUGACAAAGGCCUUCAGUUCCUCAUCUCACGAGGCUUCAUCCCCGACACGCCCAUCGGUGUGGCGCACUUCCUGCUGCAGAGGAAGGGCCUGAGUCGACAGAUGAUCGGAGAAUUCCUCGGUAACAGCAAGAAGCCCUUCAACAGAGACGUCCUAGACUGUGUUGUGGAUGAGAUGGACUUCUCAGGCAUGGAGCUUGACGAAGCGCUGAGGAAGUUUCAGGCCCACAUUCGUGUCCAGGGAGAAGCCCAGAAAGUGGAACGUCUUAUCGAGGCCUUCAGCCAGCGCUACUGCAUGUGCAACCCUGACGUGGUGCAGCAGUUUCACAACCCGGACACCAUCUUCAUCCUGGCCUUCGCCAUCAUUCUGCUCAACACCGACAUGUACAGCCCCAACAUCAAGCCCGAUCGCAAGAUGCUGCUGGAGGACUUCAUACGCAACCUGCGAGGUGUGGAUGAUGGAGCGGACAUCCCCAGAGACAUGGUGGUGGGGAUCUACGAGAGAAUACAGCUGAGGGAGUUACGCUCCAAUGAAGACCAUGUCACCUACGUCUCCAAGGUUGAACAGUCUAUUGUGGGCAUGAAAACGGUUCUCUCGGUCCCUCACAGAAGAUUGGUUUGCUGCAGUCGACUUUUUGAGGUGACAGAUGUCAACAAGGCCCAGAAACAGGCGGCGCACCAGAGAGAAGUCUUCCUCUUCAACGAUCUAAUUGUGAUCUUGAAACUUUGUCCAAAGAAGAAGAGUCCCGCUGCCUAUACGUUCUGCAAAGCCAUGGGCCUGCUGGGCAUGCAGUUCCACCUGUUUGAAAACGAAUACUACCCUCACGGCAUCACCAUCCUCUCACCCUUCGGAUCGGACAAGAAGCAGGUUCUUAACUUCUGCGCCCAAAGUGCUGAGGAGCUGCUGAAGUUCAUUGAGGACCUGAAGGAAUCGAUCGCAGAGGUGUCGGAGAUGGAACAGAUUCGUAUUGAAUGGGAGCUGGAGAAGCAGCAGGGAGCCAAGACGCACUCGGUAAAGAACAACGGCACACAGCUCGAGCUGCGUAGCAAACAGGGCUCCACAUCAGGAAACCAGGAGGUAGACGAGAGAAGCGGACACAAUGCAGUGGAGGUGUCAAUUCACAACAGGCUUCAGACGUACCAGCUCAGCAGCAGCAGCAGCACGGCUCGGAGUCCCGAGAGCGUGGCCCUUCUUAACCACAGAGGGGAGCUACUUUUCCAGCAGGCACCCCAGGGGCUAAUCCAGGGGCCGGCGCCUCCACCUCAGCACCCGCAGUUGCAGGCAGCAGCAAGCACCCCCGCACAUCACCUCCACCUCCAGCAGCAACACCAGUCCGCCGUCAGCAUGUCCGACCUGCGGCCCGAGACGCUCUUCCAGUGUCAACAGAUCGUCAAGGUCAUCAUGCUCGACAACAGCGGGCACGGACGCGUUGAGGCCUUCCUCAGCCAGACGCCCACACACCACCACUACCAUCAUCACCACCACAGCCAUCGCCAGCUCAGCCACUCGGCCAUGUCCACCCCGGUCCGCUCCCCGGACAGCUCCCAUGGCAGCGACGGCCACCAGCCCCCCUUACCUCCCCCACCUCCGCCUUAUAACCAUCCACACCAGUAUAUACCCCCAGACCCCCGACUCAGUCUACACCGGACCCCAAGUGACUCUCAGAGCAUGGUGUAAAUAGAUAAACUAGCAUUAUUUCCCCACGCACACUUCCAUCAAUCCUCACCCGCUCUCGAUCUAUUUAAAAGUACAUAAUGUACAUAUAUACAUACUGAAGAAAGAGCUAUAAUGAAAAAAAAUAAAUCACACUUAUAUGCAUAUAUUUAAGGAAAAAAUUAACUAGAAGAAAAAUCAAGGUUUUAAAAGAAAUAAGGAAAUAAAGUGCAUAUAUAAAGUUUUACUUGAUUCCACAUGUAUUUUGAAAUAUUAUGUAGUUUUAACAAAUUUCUAUAACUUUUUGUCAGUUUUAAAAAAAACCUCUCAGAUAUUCAGUUGAUGGAUGGAUUCGUAUAAUUCCAGUAUCACAAACAACAACAACAGAAAUAUGUGAAUCCCUCAAACUCUCCCCCGGACGGACCCACUCUGAGGACCUUCUGUUUCUCUUUCAACAUCCCAAAGCUCAUGCCGACUGUGCUGUACGUGCGCAUGUGUGCAUAGCUGACACUUAAACCUAAAAGAAAUCAUGUGCCAAAUUACACACGCCUCCACUAAACACUUCUUUGCACUUGACUAAACGCUAGGGCUGGAAGAAAAGAGAAAAUAGUCCUUUCACGCUUCUCCCUCAAGGAGCAUGAAUAACAAAACUGAUAUUUCAUAUUUAAAAAAAAAGAUGUUUCCCCAUUUUCACUCUUUCUGAUUUAUUUAUGCGAUGAGGAGCCUUCUGUCUUCUUCUUCUUCUUCUCUGCUCCCCUGGAUUAAAUGGAAAAAAAAGAGGCAAUGUCGUCCGAUAAGCUGUGUUUCUCAUCUGCUCCUCUGUUGUGCCGCGGCUCUCUAUCAUCAAAAAACACUCUCGCUCGAUUGUCACACUACAGUGAAGGAUGAUGGGAAACAAAGGCAACAAAUCACGUAGACUGUCGCCAAACCAAAAAGUCAGACCACGGGAUGGUUCUGUGUUCCUGUUGUUUGUCUUUUACUGUCCACGGUAAAUGUUGUUAACGCUUCCCAGAGAAAUUCUCACCACGUUUAUCUAACGGAGGAAGAACUUUUCUUUUUUCAUAUUUUGAAAUGCUGAAACUGCUCUCUGACUUUUUCUAAAAACCACCACGAUUCAGAAACCCCAUGUGUAUAUUAUACUGUAUGUAACAACACACUGUGCAUUCAUCUGUCGUUUGUGAAAAUUGUUGCUUCUUCACUUUCUUUCAGGAAAAUCGCCAUUGAAUUUCCGCGAAGAGGCCCCCCGCUGCAAAACGUUAAAUGUCAAGAUCUGUGUUUAUUUUCAUUUGUGUGAGGCGUAUUCCGCUUUUGUGUGUGUUCAACUGCAGGACUGAGCCCUCCUCCCGCGAGACAUCCAGACACCGUCUCCCCGUGUCGGUACAACUCCCAGGUUUUUUUUUCUCCUCCUAACCUUUCAGACUGGCAUUUUCAAA